AUGGCUUCUACAACACCCAACACACCAAAAACUGUCACUAAAGAGAUAGUAGUUCCCAACAUGGGACCACUCAUCCGUAUCUUUAGUGACGGUUCAGUAGAAAAACCACAAUCACCAUUUGUUCCACCAACUCUCAAUGACCCAAAUCAUUCAUCAAAAGAUAUAGUAAUCUCACACAACCCCACAAUUUCAUCUAGAAUUUACCUUCCAAAAAUCACAAACCCAUCUUCCAAAUUACCAAUCUUGGUCUAUUUUCACGGCGGCGCUUUCAUCUUCGAAUCCGCAUUCUCUCAACAAUACCAUGGACAUUUGAAGAAACUUGCAUCACAAGCAAAUGUUAUAGUUGUUUCAAUUGAGUAUAGACUUGCUCCUGAGUAUCCUCUCCCAACAUGUUACCAUGAUUGUUGGGCUGCACUCAAAUGGGUAUCUUCUCAUUCCAAUAAUACCCUCGACAAUGCCGAACCAUGGUUAAUUGAACAUGGUGAUUUUAGUAAAAUUUUCAUUGGUGGUGAUAGUGCCGGUGCUAACAUUGCUCAUAACAUGGCAAUUCAAGCUGGUAUUGAAUUGUUACCUUUUGAUGUUAAAAUAUUAGGAGCUAUUAUAAUUCAUCCUUAUCUUCAAAGCUCUUAUCCGAUUGGGUCAGAACCUAUUGUUGAGCCUGAAAAUAAUGUUGCUCAUAAGGUUUGGAAUUUGGUGUAUCCAAAUGCACCUUUUGGAAUUGAUAACCCUUUUAUUAAUCCUUUAGGUGAAGGUGCACCUAGCUUGGAAAAACUUGGUUGUUCUAAAAUUAUUGUUUUUGUUGCUGGAAAAGAUAUGUUAAGGGAUAGAGGGAUUUGGUAUUUUGAAAGUGUGAAGAAAAGUGGUUGGAAUGGAAAAUUGGAAUUGUUUGAAGAGAAAGAUGAGGAUCAUGUUUAUCAUUUGUUUAAACCAGAAUCUGAGAGUGCUAAGAUAUUUCUUGAGCGAUUGGUAAGUUUUUUGCAGGAGAUAAACUGAAGAGGAUCCAGAUUCGAAGAAUCGUG